GAUGCAGGGAAAGGCAGCCAGCUUUCCCGUCCAGGUGCUCUGUCCCACGAUGCUGUUCCACCUGCUUUGCUGGACUGAGAUCUGCCUCCUGCUGCUCUGCAGGGGCUGCCAGCUGGAGGAGCCGGCGAUGGGUUUGAAGGAAGCCGUGAAAUCUGAUCGCGUUAUUGCAGCAGCCCUUGGUGGAGAGGCAACUUUCUCUUGCAACUUCUCACUCUCAAUGGACGUUUUGCAAGUCACCUGGCAGAAGAGAAAUGGGUCUGCCUUCCAGAACAUAGCCACCUACAGCCCAAAUCAUGGGCUGAGGUUAAUAGGGUCAUUUCAGAAGAAGGUGCAUUUCACUAGAAUAACCCUGAAGGACUCAGCUAUUACACUCCAAAAUCUCUCUUUUGAGGAUGAGUCCUACUACAGAUGCAUUUUCAAUGUAUUUCCUCAUGGCUCUUUCAGCAAAGAUAUAUGCCUCAACAUCCAAACAAUUUCUGAGCUAACAGUGGAAUAUGAUUCCCAUCUGCCCACUGAGGAUCUCCUCACUGCAGUCUGCUCAGCAACAGGAAAGCCUGCCCCCAAAAUCACCUGGCUGGAUGACGGAGACCUGCUUGAGUCCCCUGAAAUACGCCACGUCCAAAACGCAAAUGGGACAGUAACAGUGGCAAACAGACUUACAUUCUCUGCCAGCCACAUCCGUGCAUUGACCUGCCUCCUUGACCACCCACAAGGAAGGAAAAUAAAGGCAGUUUACCUGGAAAAAGAAAGUGAAGGUGCUCAGAAGACCAUCAUCAUCACGGUGGUCGUAAUAGCAGUGGUGUUAACAGCCUUGAUACAUUGCAUCAUCAUACUAAUCAACAGAAAAUGGGCAAACUGCAAGAGACACAGUGCGGCCAGAACACCUGCACUGGAGAAAGGCUUACAUCGAGACCUAAGCAAGGAAGCCGAGAGCCUGCAAACGCCAAACUGCCAGCACGUUGUUUGUCAAAAGGAGGAGCAAACACCAGACUCCUCACUUCGCAAAAGGCGGACAGGCCUGAUGAGAAUCCUGGGAGAGAAAAAACAUUCCAGACGCUUGUUUUCAGAGGAAGCAGAGAACCUGAAUAGCCAUGGCCAUGGCAUGUUUGAGAGGGAGCCUGUUGGAUUAUCCAUCAAGGAGCUUGGUUGUGCACCCAUGAGGGAGGACAAAGAGGAAACAGCAGAUAGAGGAGUCCAAAUAACAUCCCCCCGGCUGCUCCCUGGCCCAGCACAGGAAGGAGAAUGGAAAGAGACGAGGGAGGUGGUGUCGUCGAGGAAACCCUUUGCAGCCAAUUCCAGCGCUAAGAGGGGGGGCGCUGGAAGCGGCAGUGGGUGCCUGCCCAUCGGAAGAGGAACCGGGGGGAGCGCACCGCCGACACCGGGGCGGGGCGGGGCACGGCACGGCGGGGGAUUGCGGGAGCCAGCUUGCUGCUGCUUCUUCCCGGAGGGUUCUCGGGCAGGUUUUCUCUCUCCUUCAUCUCUCCCAGGUCCUGGGCAGUGCCGGUGCGCGGAAGCCCAUCGCCGGGGAGCGUUCGGCGCCGCCCGGGAAGCGGGGGUGGGAGCAGUUCCCGCGCCUUGCGGCGGGUACCCGAGCCCCCCCGCCGCCUUUCCCAAGCGGGAAGGGCCGCCCCGAGGUGCCGGAGUGACGCUGUGGUCGCCUCCCGAGGUUGGCGUCACAUCGCAAGUCAGCGCGGACAAGCAGCGCCCGGUGGGUGCCGAGGCUGGUCGCCAGGAGCACGAAGGGCUUUCCCAAGUGGGAGAAGUUUCCCAGAAGGUGGCGGGGAACAGUGGAUCCGGCACAGGGGUACAGCCGGUGGCGCAGGAGACCCCCCAAGCGUGGUUUGGGAAGAGCAGAUUUUCCCCUUCCAAAAUGACUUUGCGAGCACUGGUUUUGUGUCUGGCUUGUACUGGGCUUGGAGAGGCAAAGGUGGUUCCACAGGCAGAACAAAGAAAUGUGAAGGUGGGCGACACCGUGACUCUCAGCUGUGCCCUGACAGAACCCAAGGAUGUUCUGCAAGUGACAUGGCAAAAGGACUCUGAAACACCACACAAUAAUAUAGCUACAUACAGUACCACAACAGGAUUAAAGAUUCAUGAGCCAUAUCAAGACCGAAUGAAUUUCACAAGUCUGGUACUCAAUGAGACAAACAUCACUUUUUGGGACACCAGAAUGGAUGAUUCAGGGUGUUACAAGUGUAUCUUCAAUACUUUUCCUUUAGGAUCCUUCUCUGGACAUACCUGCCUGAGUGUCUUUGGUCUCAAUGCAACUGUCCAUUACAACAUUUCCGAAGGUCAUUUGAUAGCCAUCUGUACUGCUGUUGGCUUCCCAGAGCCUACCAUCACCUGGAACAACUUAUUCAAUUCCACUCCUACACAGGAGACAUUCAUGAACACCAAUGGGACGGUGUCCAUCACCAGUAAACUGGAGAUCUACGACACUCGGAGCAUUGGUGUGCAGGACUUGACCUGCAGAGUAAGCAACACAUACGAGAAAAUGGAAUUGCCUGUGAAAAUGAAAGGAGAAGAGGGAUCUUCAUCGCUUUGGCUGAUCAUUACUGUGGUGAUUAUUGCGGUGAUGGUCAUAGUUCUGAUUGGGAUCAUGCUGUGCUGGAGGCCAAGGGUAUGCAGGAGGACUUGAAGUGGAUCCUAGAGGAUUUCCAUUCACCUACCAGAUCAUUACAGCCCAGCAGCCUGAAGUCAACACUCCAUUUAGUAACUUGACUGGCUGGAGAGAAACAGCAGUAAAAAAGGAAAUGCAUCACAUACACUACCCUUCCCAGACACCGAGCUGACCGCUGAGAAGACUAGGACGAUAUUUGUUAUCCGGUCUAGGUGCUCACUCAUAAAAAAUAGGACCAUAGAGACCGCUUAGUCUGCUCCUCUGCUGCCAGGCAAAAUCUGCUUUUCCCAGUGAACGUGCCACUCUUGGUGCUGCUAGUGUGCAAAAUGUAUUUGCCUUCUUCCAGCUGAGUUUUGAAAAUGUCCAUGGAUGGAGGCUCUGCAAGCUUUCUGGAGAUGCUCUUGUAGUGCCUAAUUGCUCCCACAGUAAAGGGGGUUUUAAUUUUUACAAACCUCUGUCUGCAAUUUCACUUGUAGCAACUCUUCGUUCAUUGCCCUCUUCCUGACAUCUGGUUUUCCUUCUCUUAUCCAGCUGAUCCCACUCCUUUUCCUCAGUGUACACAUGAAUGUAUUGCUUAACUCUCUCUGGAGAGACCUGCUGGACUCAAAACCACAGGACUCAAACCACACCAAAUCUGCCAAAAUUAUUGAGGGAGAGCAAUAGGAUUCCAGAAGGCUGGUGAUUAGAGGCAAUAGCUGCCAUAUUUGGGAAAGAAAAGUUAUAAGUAAUUUAUUUUAUUUGGCUUUUCUUUCAAAUCCUGAAGUGGUGGAUUUUUUUUUUUUAAUAUGAGUGAGGAGGAGAUGGAAGCAAAGCCUAGUAGUGGAAGUAUUGGCA